UAUAAGGGGACGGACGCCAAACAGCCACGUAGAAAAAGGAAAGGGGUCGAAAGAAGAUGGUUUGAGACGGUCACUUCAAGGGGGCACCAGCAGAAGUGUCUGAGUUUCUUGAGCAAAAUGGAUAAUCAAACACAGGCAAUUGACAUGGAGGUGGGCACACAUCAACAAGAUAAAGUCUCAAAACCCAAAGAUGAUGAAGCUGAUCCUGCAGACACUGAAAAACCAUUAGUGAGGCAACGAAGUGUGGAGAAAAUAAACGACAUUGCAAGCAGUGUUCAUAAUGGUCUGGUCAAUCUAGAUGUGGUCCCAAAUGGAGACAGAGAGGCAGAAGGCUUAGGCACUGUGGGUAACAGCCAUCCAAAUGGCCCCCUGCCUCUGUCAACCCCUCCCCAGAGUACCAGCUCCCCUGUCAAGCCCCAGACCCAAGAGUCCACCCCAGGUUUGGCUGCUUUUCCACCCACGAUGCUAGAGAAGGCUGAGGGAUCUAGUGCUGAGGGCUCGGUUCACAAGGGUGAUGCAUUGCAGUCGCUCAGACUAAGUAUUCCUAUGCAGGAGACUGAAUUGUCUAACCAAGAACCGUCGUUGGAGAUGGAGAACGAGGAAAAGAUUCGUCUUGAGGCUCGGCGGCGUUUGGAGGAGCAACUCAAACAGUACAGAGUGCAGAGGCAUAAGGAAAGGACUCACCGCACCACACCGAAAAGCAGACCUUUCAGCACUCUGGACCCAGAGCUCAUGCUGCAUCCCGAGGCUCUGCCUCGGGCCAGCACAGUCGCUAUGACCAAGGAGUAUUCUUUCCUGAGAACCAGUGUCCCUCGGGGACCCAAACUAGGCAGUCUGGGCAUCCCCGCUUCCAAGGAGAGGAAGUAUAGAUCCACUCAUUCCAGCAAGAUCCACUCUCUGGCUGACUACAAGUCUUCUGAAAAUGGUGGGGGUGGAGACGAAGUUAGAACAACAGAUCGUACCAUGAGCUCCCUCCAGUCCACCAUUAGUUCUGUGUCCACUCUAUCUGAGGUCAGUGUGAUGUCAGAGGUCAGCUCAUCUGAAGCCAAGGGCCAACUCAACACUCCCCUCCAGACAGGGGACAACAUCUCAGAAAUUGAUGACAGCGAGUCCGGAGCGAGGCCAUGGAAUGACGGCAAUGACAGUGACAGUUCAUCUUACAGCAGCAUGUCAACACGGGGGACCUUUGGUACGCUCUUGGCAGCAGUGGAUAGACAAAAUGUGCCAUAUUCCGUGGAGGGAAGGGAAAUUGCCCCAGAAGCCAUGGGUCAGUUUCCCUCCCUGCAGGAGGUGCUCCAGGCAGCCAGUGAUGAACAGCACCUGCUGGAGCAGGAUAGAGAGGACACUGCAGAACCUCGCAGCCGCAGGGACAGCUUUUCCAGCAGUGUUUCUUUGGAGAGUUCAGUGAUGGGCCAUGAUGAAAUGCUCCAGGUGUUGAAGGAGAAAAUGAGACUAGAGGGCCAGUUGGAGUCCUUGUCAUCUGAGGCCAGUCAGGCUCUUAAGGAGAAGACUGAGCUGCAGGCCCAGCUGGCCACAGUUAAUGCUCAACUGCAGGCUCAGGUGGAGCAAGCCCAGGCCAGCCAGGAGAAGCAGAACGUUCUCACAACAGAGGUGGAUACCCUACACAAGAGCUGCAGCCAGUUGGAGAGAGCCAUGUUGGAACUUCAGGGCAGCCUUGAGAGCAAAAAUGCUAGUCUGGCCUCUCUAGGCACUGACUUGCAGGUGGCAGAGGAGCAGUACAACAGGCUGAUGGGAAAAGUGGAAGAGAUGCAGAAGACAGCCACUUCCAGGGACAAUACAGUCCAGGAGUUGCGUCAGCAGAUGGGUGGUCUCCAGAGCCAGCUUCAACAGGUCCAAUUAGAGCGCAACACCCUGCAAAGUCGACUAAAGACCUCCCAGGCAGAAAUCGACUCACUGCAGCAAGUACGACAGUGGUACCAGCAACAACUAGCUCUGGCCCAGGAGGCAAGGGUGCGGCUGCAGGGUGAAAUGGCUAACAUGCAGGCAGGACAGAUGACCCAGAUCGGUGUUCUGGAACACCUGAAGCUGGAGAACGUGACACUAUCCCACCAGCUGACUGAGACCCAGCACCGCUCUAUCAAAGAUAAGGAGCGAAUAGCUAUUCAGCUGCAGAGCAUUGAGGCUGACAUGUUGACCCAGGAGGCAGCUUACCAGCAGAUUCAGGAUGCAAAGAUGAUGGUGGAGGAUGAUCUGCAGCAGAAACUGGAGGAUUUUGAGGAAGAGCGUGAGCGCCUAUUAAAACUGGCCAACACAGCUAGUGCUCUGGAAAGAGAACUAGAGCAGGUGAAGUUGAUCCUUUCUCAGAAAGACAUGCAGCUGGAGUCCCUCCAGCAAGAGCACUUAGAGCUGAUGCGUCAGCUAACUGCCACUCAGGAGAGCCUGCACACCAAAGAACAGUCCAUCAACCAGCUAGAGGCUCGCUACUUGGAGCUGGAAGCCCAGCUGGGAGAGCUGCAGUCUGAGAACAGUACCAAGGAUGACAACAUCCAAUAUCUCCAGAAUGAGAAGAUUGUCCUGGAGGUUGCCCUGCAGGCAGCCCGUGCUGACAAGAGCCAGCUAGACGACGGCGCCGAGCGGCUGGGAGAUGAUGUGCUGGUGGCCUCAGACGUCCUUGAUCAGCUCAGACAGGAAGUCCAGGUCAAGGCCUCUCAGAUUGAAACGUUGCAACAGGAAAACAGCACAUUAAAAAAACAAGCCCAGAAACUGAAGGAGCAGUUCCAACAACAAAAGGUGAUGGUGGAAGCCUACCGCCGGGAUGCCAACUCCAAAGACCAGUUGAUCAGCGAGCUGAAGUCCACUAAGAAGCGUUUGGUGGCAGAGGUAAAGGACCUGAAAAAGGAGCUGCUGAGCACCCAGGGGGAAAAGCAAAAAGCAGAGUUGGGCCAAGCACUGUUGCAGAAGGAGGUAGUGAGGGUUCAGGAGCAGAUGAGCAGCUUAGAGGCCCACCUGCUCACCAUUCAGAAAGAACGGGACCAGCUGGAGACCCAAAUUCAGUCUCUGCAGUUUGACCAGAGCCAGCUAGCGGCUGUGACGGAGGAGAAUGAUGGGCUGAGGAAGCAGGUAGAGCAAAUGCAGGCAGAAGCCAAAAAGGCCAUUUCUGAGCAGAAAGUUCGCAUGAAGCGGCUUGGGACUGAUUUGACCAGCGCUCAGAAGGAGAUGAAGGCCAAGCACAAGGCCUACGAGAAUGCAGUGGGCAUUCUAAGCAGGAGGCUUCAGGAAGCUCUGACUGAUAAAGAGACUGCUGAAGCAGAGCUGGUCAAACUCAAAGCCCAGGUGUCCGAUGGGGCCAACAACCAGGCCCUACAGGAGAAGAUUGAGGCUCUGCAGGCUGAACUGCAGGCUGUUAGCCACAGUAAGACCUUGCUGGAGAAGGAACUGCAGGAGGUGAUUACCCUCACUUCUACUGAGCUGGAGGAGUAUCAGGAGAAGGUCCUGGAGCUGGAAGAUGAGCUUCAAGAGUCUCGAUGCUUCAAGAGGCGGAUUCGAAAGUUGGAGGAUGCCAACAAGAAGCUUGCACUGGAGCUGGAACAUGAAAAAGGGAAAUUAACUGGAUUAGGGCAAUCCCACAGUGCAUUGAGGGAACACGCCAACAUUCUGGAGACCGCCUUAGCUAAAAGAGAGGCAGAUCUUGUCCAACUCAAUUUACAGGUUCAAGCUGUUUUGAAGCGCAAAGAGGAGGAGGACCAGCAGAUGAAACAGGUGGUACAGACUUUACAAGUCGCCUUAGAAAAAGAGAAAGCCAAAGUCAGGGACCUCAAAGAACAGGUGGCAGCAGCAAAGGCUGAGGCAGCCCACAAUAGGCGGCACUACAGAGCAGCAAUGCUGGAACUAUGUGAGAUCAAAAAAGACCUACAGGCCAAAGAGGAGCUGGUCAAAACCUUGCAGGCUGAAGCCCACAAACUACAGGCUCAGGAUGAGCUGCACUCUAAGGAGUUGUCCCAGUUCCAAGAAGAGCUGGCUGAGGCCCAUUCCCAACUCCAGAUCCUACAGAAACAAUUGGAUGAUGAAUUGGUCAAACAGCCUCUCACCAACCAAGAGGUUGAGGACUUGAAGUGGGAGGUGGACCAGAAGCAGAGGGAGAUUGAGGCUCAGAAGCAACAGCUGGAGAUGUUUGAGCAGUGCAACCACAGAGAACUGGACAACCUACAGACAGCUCUACAGAACAUCAAGGUAGAGCUGGAGUCAGUGCAAGAGGAACUCGGUGGCACCCGGAAGGACAAAUUCAUGUUGCAGGCCAAGGUGGGAGAGCUGAGGAACAGCAUGAAGACGCUCCUGCUACAGAACCAGCAACUCAAACUGGAUCUCAAACAGAACCGUCUUAGGAAGCAGCGCAUGGAGUUGAAAGGCGAGGGGAACCCUUCCAAUCCGGUGACGCCAGUAAAGAUCCCAGACUGCCCUGUACCCGCCUCCCUGCUGGAUGAGCUGCUGAAACCCUCAGCUUCUGUCAACAAGGAGCCCCUCAACAAUCUGCACAACUGUCUUCGGCAGCUCAAGGAGGAGAUGGACAGCCUUCAACGCCAAAUGGAAGAACACACAGUCACAGUCCACGAGUCCAUGAACUCAUGGACCAACACAGAGGAAGAACUGGCACAUCUUGAGAUGCGAGACGAUGUCUCCAAAUCAUCAGUGCCGCCAAACAAAAAGGAGGUGGAACAAAACAACCAAGCAGAAGAGGCAGAGAUGUUGUAACACAGGAACUUUUCUCAGGCCAAUGGGAAGAGAGUGGAGUUUUAUCCACAAGGGCACUUUUUUAACCUCCCAAGCCCAUUAUUUUUUUUUCUCUUUUCCUAACAAUUGCUGCCAACAUUUGGCAUUCUCCAGUCAGCACAGAGGUGCUUUUGCAAAAUAAUAAUUUAUAUACCAUAGCUUUAUUCUGUGCUCUUUUUUUUUUGGACUGUUAUGCUAUUCAUUGUCAUAUUUAUUUAUUCAUAAAUCAGGAAUUACAAUCUCCAAUCUGAUGAUUUCUUUGAGGCUUCCCUGGCUCCAGUCUUAAAGACAUAGAUAUUAUUAUGGCAUAGCUGGGAAAACAUUUCCAAUGUACCAAUUUUCCCAAUUACAUAAGUUACAUAAUUCAGUUUGCUUAAUCCCCACCAUUGUAAUAUUGAAAUGGUGGCUUUGUUACUGAUUAAGAAAAACAUAGGUGUUCUUGGUGACACAAAUGACUAUGCACAUUCACACAACACACACACACACACACACACACACACACACACACACACACACACACACACACACACACACACACACAAACAAACUUCUUCACUCUACUGGUUUUGAACUAUUCUUUCAUUUUCUUGUGCCUGUGUAAGAGUGAAGUCACUCAUUCUGUGCUCUACAUUGGUCAGACAUCCUCAUGGUUUCCAAUAAGUUUGUGGUAAAGCCUCAUUACUUCUUUUCAUUGCAAAUCUAGAAGUUUGCGCAUAAUUGUGGUCAGGUUUUUUGCCCCCUCUUCUGUUGCCUGUUGUUAAAAUGCAGUGUUUGUUUUCUUAAGCUCGCUACAACCAUAUCACCUUGAGUUCUUUAACUCAAAACCUUUAUUCUCAUCUAUGUAUGGAGGUAUUUUGUCUGUCUUAGGCUGCAGUACUAUGAAUGGAAAAAGCCUUAAAGAAUAUUUAAUAUGCUGUAAAAGGACUUAACGGUUUGAACGUGGUUCUACCGAAAGUCUGUGCAAGAUGUAAUAUAGGUUAUGUUGUAUGAUAAUACUGUGUGCAAAUCCAUACUGAAUGAUUUAUUGUAAAAUAUUUGUGUUGCAUCAACUGACAUUGCACACUAGAUUAUCAAAAGCUUGCAUAACUGAAAGAAAGUUGUAAGAUUGAACAUUUUACCACUUCUAACGGUAGGGUGCAAUCAGAUGUGUUCAUUUUCUGUUGUUAGUUAUUUCAUUUACAGAAAAUGGCUAUCCCAAAAGCAAUUGUUAUAAUAACUUUUGCAUUUGAUUUAUGGUUAAGGGGAAAAGUUAAUUCCAUACAGAGGUUAAUAUAUGAAUACUUUUUAUCGCUGUAAAUUCAUUAAUUGUUUAAUCAUUUAAAGAGGAGUAAUACAGAAUGUUAUGGGGGGGAAAACAACCUAAAAUGAUGGUAUAUACUGAUGCAACAGCGUUGUAAGCAGUUAAGGUUCAUUGGAAAAUAUCUUACAACACAUGCAAUUGUACAUCAGCUACUGCACUGAUGUUCAUUUACAUCAUUCUUGUCAAAUGGCUAGUAUUAACAAGUGUACACUCGUAUUUCUAAAGGGACACCUACAUUUUAAGGGAGACUAGUGCGUUGUGGUCAGUAACAAACAAUAUUGAUAUACUGUGUUCUAAACCAUCUCGGGACUUUUGACAGGAGUGACUGUCUUCCAAACUACCCUUUUUUGUAAGUGGUACACUUAGUUAUUGGUGGUACCUGAUAACGUUUGCUGGGACACCUGGACUCUUCACAUAAACCUUACUGUAUUUGCUGUUAAGUAUUUUAAUCUUAAUAAGUUGGAAUACAUUCAUUCCGAUGCUAAACGUCUAUAUUAGGAGCUGUCAUUGUAUUUAUCUCAUAAAAUUGCACUAUUCAAAUUA